CGGUGCUGCCCGGGGGGCUGCGCUCCUGCCCCGCCCGGGUCCGCUCCUGCCCGCCUCGGCUGCGCUCCUCCCCGGCGCGCCCCGGUCCGGCCGCUCCAUCCUCCGGCGCGGUUCUGGUGCCGCGGCGAUGAGCGCGGAGCUGGACGGCGUGUCCGUGCACUCCUCCUCCUCCUCGUCGGGCUCGCUGGGCUCGGCGGCGGGGCCGGCGCCGCGGCCGCUCUCGGCGAACGUGCGGCGGCUGCACCAGGCGCUCACGGCGCUGCUGAGCGAGGCGGAGCGGGAGCGCUUCAUCCUCUGCCUCAACGCCUACCACGGCCGCCGCAACGUCUGCGACCUGGUGCGCUCCCUGCGCGCCCUCCUCGACGGGCCCCGCCGCCGGCAGCUGCUGCCGCUGCUGCGCCUCGUCCUGCCGCGCUCCGACCAGCUCCUCUUCGACCAGUACACGGCCGAGGGGCCCUACCUGCCGCCGCCCGGCCGCCCCCCGCCGCCCCCCGCCCCGCCGCCGGUGGUCCCGGGCGAGCUGCGGCAAGUGACGCUCCGCCGGAGCAAAGCCCACGAGGGUCUGGGCUUCAGCAUCCGCGGCGGCGCCGAGCACGGCGUGGGCAUCUACGUGUCGCUGGUGGAACCGGGCUCUCUGGCCGAGCGGGAGGGGCUGCGCGUCGGCGAUCAGAUCCUGGGGGUCAACGGCAAGUCCCUGGACAGGGUGACCCACGCCGAGGCGGUCAAGGUGCUGAAGGGCUGCAAGAAGCUGAACCUGUCGGUGCACUCGGUGGGGCGCAUCCCGGGGGGUUAUGUCACCAACCACAUCUACACCUGGGUGGACCCCCAGGGCCGCAGCGUGUCCCCCCCCACGGGGCUGCCCCACCACCAGAACAGCUCCCUGCGCAGGGACAGCGAGAAGAGGAGCCACCUGCAGCUCCUGCAGGAGGGGGAUGAGAAGAAGGUGAAUCUGGUCCUGAAUGAAGGGAAAUCCCUGGGCCUCAUGAUCCGAGGAGGGGCAGAAUAUUCCCUGGGCAUCUACAUCACGGGUGUGGACAAGGGCUCCGAGGCAGAGAGCACUGGCUUGAAGGUGGGAGACCAGAUCCUGGAGGUGAACGGCCGGAGCUUCCUGAGCAUCCCCCACGACGAGGCCGUGAAGCUGCUCAAGUCCUCGCGUCACCUGAUGAUGACGGUGAAGGACAUCGGGCGCCUGCCCCACGCCCGCACCACCGUGGACGAGACCCGCUGGAUCAGCAGCUCCCAGCUCGGGGAGACCCUGCUCAGCUCAGCGGGGGCAGUGGGUGACCAUGCUAUGGACGUGGCAGCCAGGUUCUCGCUGCUCUCCGAGGUGAGGGGGGUGAUCUCCCCACAAGACCUGGACCGCUUCGACAACCUGGUGCUGAAGAGGGAGAUCGAGUCCAUGAAGGCCCGGCAGCCCGCGGGGCCCAGCGCCGACUCCUACUCCAUGAUGUCCUACAGCGACACCGUCUCGUCCUCCAGCAGCCACUUCACUGCCACCACCGUCAGCUCGGCACGGAACACGUCAGAGCUGGAGGGAGCUGGGGACUGCCACCAGAGCAGCAUCAACACCCUGCCAGAUGUGUCCCUGGAUGAUCUCUCCUCCUUCCCAGAGGAACCACCCAACUUCAAGCCUCCUCCUCCUCCAUCAGCCCCCCAGACCCUGGACCCCUCCUCUGCCCAGCCCCGGCUCCAGGGGAAGGACAAGCCCAAGCGCCCUUCCUCCGAGUCCUCCCAGUCUGGCCUGUUCUUCGUGGCCCCCCGAAACCCCUCUCCCCCUCCGCAUGCCCCCGAGAAGGACACGGUCAGCAUGACCUCCACGGCCUCCACGUCCACCGAGGAUUCCGCCCCCAGCGCCAUCUACGCCACCAUCUCCCCGUCCCCGCGCGGCUCCCGCCGGCCGGCGGAGGCCCCGCUCUCCCUGCUCAGCCAGCACCCCAUCGGGCCCUUCCCCCGGGUCCAGUCCCCCACCAGGCUGAAGAGCCCGUCCCCAGAGGGGCUCCAGAGCCCCCCGGCCCCGUCCCCUCCUCCUCCGCCCCCACACCCCGCGCCCCCUCCCCCGGACAAGGGCAGCCCCCAGGCCGCGGCCAACCAGCAUUUCAUCAUGGUGGAGGUGCACCAGCCCAACAGCGAGCCCGACGUCAACGAAGUGAGGCCCCUGCCCCAGGCCAGAGCCUCCACGCUCUCCCAGCUGUCGGACAGCGGGCAGACCCUCAGCGAGGACAGCGGGGUGGACAUCGGGGAGGUCGAGACGAGCGGCAAGGACAGGAGCCGGCAGCCAGGCCCCGGGAAAAGCCGCAGCCCCAAGGAGGCCACGAGGAGCGAGGGGGCGGCAGAAGGGGCCUCCAAGCCGCCCGGGCUCCUGGAGCCCACGUCGUGUCUGAUCCGGGUGUCCAAGAGCGCUCCCACCUUGGGCAUCGCCAUCGAGGGCGGUGCCAACACGCGGCAGCCGCUGCCCCGCAUCGUCACCAUCCAGCGGGGGGGCUCGGCACACAACUGCGGGAAGCUGAAGGUGGGACACGUCAUUUUGGAGGUGAACGGCACAGGACUGCGAGGAAAGGAGCACCGGGAGGCCGCCCGCAUCAUCGCCGAGGCCUUUAAGCUGAAGGAAAAGGACUACAUCGAUUUCUUGGUCACAGAGUUCAACGUCGCCCUUUAGGGGAGGGGUUUGGGCAGCGCUGCUUUGAUGGGCAGCGCUGGGAUGGGGAUGGAGGAUGGCGCCGAGGUGGGACAGCAGCGUCCCAGCGCGCACGGCCCCGCACGCGCACACACCCCCAGCUUGUCCCCAAAUGUCCCCGCGCCCGCUGCAGGCUCGCUGCCUGGGUAGGGCAGGCUGAGAACGGGCACAUCCCUUCAAGUUUCCAUCCCUGUCCAUUCUGGGGUAGGGAAUGUCCUCUCCCCCUCGGUCAGGC